AAUUUCAAUUAUUCUAAAUAUCAACUGUUCAAAUGAUGCCAUCUUUCUGAGUCGUCCUCCUGUCACUGAAAGUCUCUCUUUCUCUCUCUAUCAACUCACCUCCUCACUUCAAUAAUCGUAAACACAAGGGGUAGAUUUUGAAAUGUUUGUUGUGCUAAUGAGUUCGACCAAGCCGACGUGCAAGUAUUCUGUUCAGAAAAUUUAUUUGAAUUUCCCUUAACAGGGACACAAGACAAUGAGCAAAGUGCUAGUAGUUUCAGGUGGAUAAAAUAAAUAAAUAAAUAGACAUGGGCGGCUGUUGUUGCUGCUGUGCAGCCACGACUGCCGAACUCGACCCUUCGCCACCAUUCUAUCAUUUUCCAAGAGUGUCAGAGGAGCGUGAACCACUGUCAUCUCACCAUGGAACAAUUUCUGCUCUCUCUACAGGGCAUUUGGUUGAUACCAAUCUACAUACCUCGGUCUUGGACACUUACAGGCCACCUCCUGCACCAAUACCUUAUGAUACACAUGUAGCACACCCUCAUACUCCAUCACAGGAUCUAGAAAGUUCUGGAAGCAAGAGCGAACCAGCUGUGGAGACCACAAAUACAGAAUCUGCUGGGGAAACUAACUCUGUCAGCAUUUUGGACACAAAAGUAAAAAGUUCAGUCACUGACGAAAAGGCACAACUGAGUAUUGAACUGAAAGCGUCAGAAGAAGUAAAGAAUGAAGACGAUCUUAAGAAGUCCACUGAACCUCUCGUUUCAUCUCCACAGGAUGAGGAGGAUGUUUGUCCCAUCUGUCUUGAAGAAUAUGAUGUAGAGAAUCCAAAACUCUUCACAAAAUGUGAUCAUCAUUUUCACCUGGCUUGUAUUCUCGGGUGGAUGGAAAGAAGUGAUACUUGUCCCGUCUGUGAUCAGUACCAUGAAGAUAUUGGCUUCUUCAAUGCAGGAAACGAUAUUCAGUCCUCCUAUCGAUGUGUAGCCGCUGAAAUACUGCAAUUCGGGUUUUAGCUUUUGCAUUUGGAGCAUGUGAAAGUUUAAAUGCAUUGAAGCAACUCUAGGUCCGUUGAUUUGUCUUUGGAGACACUUUUAUUCUUUUUCUUACAUUUGGUAGGGAUGAUUCCCAAUGCCUUUUUGGCCCCAAGUUUGAGUGGUCAUUAUAUUUGUAAAAAAUUCUUGUAUAUGGGAUUCCCAUUUCGUGUGGAACUGGUAGGGAUCGAUAGACCAAUGCAAUUUUUGCCUAAGUUUGUGUGUACAUAGUACAUUAUAUUUGUAUAAAAUUCUUGUUUUUUUAAUACCAA